AUGACACCAUCUCACUGGGCUAGACCUCGGACUCCCACUGCCAAAGAAACCCAGCCCGCAGAGGUGCCGCUGCCUUCCGCUGCGGAGACCUGGGAGGCUGGAAGUCCCGGCAGCCCGCCCCCUGGGGGUCACUCGGCGCCCGGCCAGCCUGGAUCUCGCAGGCGGGAGCAGGCCCUUUCGGCCCCCUUCUCCUCGGCGGCUGUCGCCGCUGGCUGCGCGCCCUGCACUCCUCACUCUCCAGGCGCUCGCCGGGCCUCUUCUCUCCUCACCUGCCCCCGGCUCCGGCGAGCCGGUAGCUCUGCACUGCCUGUGCCCCACCACCACCACACACACGGCGACUACAGCCCCCACUCUCGUCUCCCCCACUCCCCACCCCAGUCGUCCCGCCGCGCGGGGCACGCCGGAGAGCACAGCCGAGCGCACAGCGCCCACUACCGCAACCGCAGCUCGGCGCAGCCCGCCAGCCCGCGCAACUUCCAGCGGCCGCCUCGCAACUUUUCCCAACUCCACCACGGCUGCCCGCCGCCGCCGCCACUGUGGCUCCCUCCGAGCCUGCCACCCACCCCAAACCCCAGAAACAAACCAAGGCUCGAAAACGCUCCCAUCCCCAGCCCGCCUCCCCCCAUCCCCCGCUCCCCCUCCCAUACCCGGGACUAG